AUGGCUAGAAAAUUUGAUUUGAGCAAAGAUAUAGAUGAGAAGAAAGAGACUUUGAAGCUUUCUGUGAGAGUAAAGGAUUUGUGGUUUGUUCAAAACCGGGAUACAAAUCAUUAUAUGGUGUUGAUUCUUUUGGAUCAAAAGGGAGAUAUGAUUCCUGCAAUGGUAAAAAAGGAAGAUAUAGGUGCAACAACUAUAAAAGAACAACCAAUAUCAAGUAUUCCUCUAAACAUUUAUAAUUUCAAAAGUAUCGAGGAUAUAGUUGAUGGAAAAUUCUCUGCUGAUUUGGUGUAUCGUAGUUCUGUUGUUAUUGGGUGUACGUUGUGGGAUUCCUAUUACUUUAAAUUUAUGAGUAAUUGGAGGGGAGAACCAGAUUCCUUUGUUGUUGUUGUAAUGUUGACUCAAGCUAAGAUCAAGCCGUCUUCAGGACGGUGGCCAGUGUCAAUAUCAAAUUCCUGGAACGGUUCAAAGUUGUUUAUGGGUGAUGAAUGUUCUAAAUUGGUCCGGUUCAAGGAGCAAUGGAUACAACGUUUUGGCAAUGAAGUUAGUCAAAGUCAAGAAGCUAGCCAGUUCAGUUCACCGUCUCAAUAUAGUGAACAUGAGAAAUUUAUGUAUAAAGCUGUUGUGAGUACAAUAUCCAAAAUCACAACAAUGAAGGAGGAAGUGUAUUGUGUUACUGUUGCAACUACCGUCAAUUUUAAUUUAGGGAAUGAUGGAUGGUGUUAUCCAGUAUGCAAUGGUUGCAGGAAGAAGACUGAAGAGAUAGGUGCUUUUAAGUGUGUCAUGUGUGGGUUUAAUAAUGAAAAACCUGGAAUUAGAUAUAAGUUGGAAUUACAGGUCUGUGAUGGAGAUAGUUAUGCGAAUUUCGUCAUAUUGGAUCAAGACUGUAUUAACUUGAUUGGUGUAUCAGUUGUUGAGUUAAUGAAUAAGAUGAUUGAGGAUGGGGAGGAUGAUCCGAAAUGUUUUCCAGAGGAUCUAGAUGUUAUGUUGGGAUGUACUCUUGCAUUCAAGGUUAAAGUUCAACCAAAAAACAGAUCUUCAUCGGUCAUGAAAGCUUCAAACAAUCUUGAAACCAUUGUUUUUAUUAGAAGUAAACUUGAGUCAAAAAUGGGUAAACAGUCUUUUCAUCUACCUGUUUGUGACUCUAACAACGAAAAUGAAUCAUUUCCCAUUACUACUUACGAGUCUCAAACAGAUGUGAUUAAUAAGGAGUCCAGUCCCACAGAUAUAUGUGGUUCCAGGAUGCAAUCUAUGGCGGUUGGUUUGAUUAAAAGUGGAUCUCGUGGAAAAAAUAGUCCAGUCCCACUGCAAUAUGUGGCUUUAGUACACAAUCGAAAGCUACAAAUCCGAUUAAAACUAGAUUUCAUGGAAAUAAGAUCUAAGUCCUUGCAAUUUACACUUGCUUCCACUAAUGCUUCAAGUCAUACAGGAAAGAUUAAAGAACUUAGGGAUCAUGAUCCUUAUAUUGAUUUCUGUGUUACCCCUACAAAGGACUUAUUGCUGGACUUUGAAGUUGAUUGCGACCACCUUGAAGAUAUACCAAGUGUAGAAUUUUUGAGGUCCAAGACUAAGUAA